AUGGAGAUGAGAGGCAUUGAUGCGCAUGUAUCCCUGAUUGACAGUCGCAGAAGAAAGUCGUUUGCUUACAGCGAUCCAAAGUCUUCUGGCUCGAAUGGCGCAAACCAGAAAGAAGACGAUUGUAGUUCCAUGACUUCAAACGUCGUAGGCCUUCACGAACCGCGCCUAGCUCUUGCCAACCAGCCACGUCCCACUUGCCAGGAGAAGUUUGAUAUGGUAUGGAAUGACGAGGUUCAGGACUUCGUACGGAUGGAUGCGAUGAGAAUUGGGACUCAUGAAAGCUACCGUUCUGAGGUGAAUAAAGAAGGCUACCAUUUCCGACUUCCCAGUUCGUUUCCUGCCUUCAAUACGGAGGAUGGAGCAGAUGUUACUCAAGUUCGCCCUGCAAGCACCCUUGCCCCCGACCAUACAGAGGGUCAUACAAUGUCUUUCGAGAAGUGGGAAAACCCUGUUGUUGGUACCAAAGUCGUGUUUCACAAAUGCGAUCAGUCAUGGAGAAUUCCCGACAUGUCGUCAAGAAGGACGAGGAUCUCCCAGACUCCAUCACCCUCCAAGAAGCGGAAGUUGCUGUGCGACGAUAACACCAAAUUCGAACCCGAGCAGGAGACACCAAAAGCCAACGGACUCCUUGUUCGAAGGGAGCUCCUGGACCAGAAGAUCACAGCAGUGCCCCGUUCUCCUGCAGCCAUACAUUGUUAA